AUGGCGAUGGUCCUACAGAUGACAACUUUCCUCCAGCAAUAUCUAUAUGCUCAGGUUCAUGAGGCUCCAAAAUCCUCAGACGCCAUCCGGCUAGGCAUUCUUUCAACUGCCAGCAUCAACUCAGCCGCCAUCAUCAAUCCUGCAAAGAGCCAUGGCGGUGUCAUCGUGUCUGCCAUCGCGUCGCGCGACCUCAAGCCUGCACAGGAGACCGCGAAGAAGUACGGCAUACCCAAGGCCUAUGGCUCUUACGAGGAACUCCUGAACGAGCCGGGUAUCGACGCAGUCUAUAUUUCCUUGCCAAAUGGAAUGCACGGAGAGUGGACCAAAAAGGCUCUCAACGCGGGGAAGCACGUUCUUCUCGAGAAGCCAUUCACCGCCAACGCUGAAGAGGCCCGCGAAAUCGUGAAGCUCGCCGUCGAAAAGAACCUCGUCCUUGUCGAGGCGUUCCACUGGCAGUUCCACCCUGCUGCCCACGCAGUGAAAGCGAUCAUCGACAGCGGCAAGUACGGCCAAGUGCUCCGGACCUCCGCGCGCAUGACCUCGCCCGCGGGCAGCAUCCCGCGCAGCGACAUCCGCUGGGAGUACAACCUUGCGGGGGGCUCGCUGAUGGACAUGACGUACGUCGUCUCCUCGACGCGCUACUUCGUCGGGCCCGUCACGACCCCGCGCGAGGUCGCGCACGCGAAGGCGCGCCCGUCGCCGCACGACCCGAAGGUCGACGACGCAAUGGAGGCCACGCUCCGGUUCGACGUGGAAGGGCGCAUGGUCGAGAGCAAGAUCUACAGCGACAUGUGGCGCGCAAACGUGUUCGGGCUCAUCCCGCGGAUUUGGGAGGCGCCGAGCAUCGAGAUCGAGCUGGAGCAUGCAACGAUUUACUUCUACAACUUCAUGAUGCCUCACAUCUACCACUACGUUACCAUCUACGACAAGCGGACAAGAAAGACCACGACCGAGAAGCACUACAGUGGCGGACCAAAGUGGGGCACAAGGGGCGAGGCGUGGUGGAGCACCUACAGGUAUCAGCUGGAGGCGUUCGCGGACGCGGUCCGUGAACAGCAGCCGCCCCACUGGAUUGAGCUCGGCGACAGCAUCGCGCAGAUGGAGACGAUUGACAUGGUCUACGAGAAAUCGGGGUUGGGCAAGCGACAGCCCACGCAGCGGAUGGUUUGA